AUGUUAGGAGUUGGUCUGGCUUGGUUGCUGGGUUGGAGUAGUGAUAUGACUAGUGGUCAAAUGACUGGUGCUGAUGCUGAUGAUAACACUAAGAUAAACUGGGAAGACCAUUGUGUUAAAUCUGAUAAUGGUCUGCAGAUAGCCAAAGAGGCAAUUAGAUAUGAUGCUAAUCCAAAGUGUUCAGAGGUGGAAUUUAAGGUGGGGGAUGCGUUUAGGAGGGAUAAAUCAUCAGAUUAUUAUGUAGUUCUGUGGUUGCGGUUGUUAAAACCUGGGUUGUUAAGUGAUUAUGAUAUAAACCGUAUUGUUGCAAUGAUGAACAACUGCCGCCGAAUUCAUAGUCUGGAUGCUAAGACUUGUCCUAAUGAUCUUGAGAAAGGUUCUCUUUUGCUUGCAAUAGAUAAUCUCAUAUGUGACAUUGAAAAAGGGCAGGCCGCAUGUCAAGGCUAUAUUGAAAUGCUUAAAAAGCUACCAAAGAGUGUUACAGGAAAGGACGCUGGCUCUUCACCUAUAUCAUUGGACUCGAGUAUGUAUAAAGACCUUCACAAUAAAGUUAGUGAUCUUAUACAGACUUAUAGUCCUUUCCAUCUUUUCCGCUUUCCCGCCCUGUCACUUGAUUGGGCUAAUGAUAGUAACAAAGAAGCGUUUGAAACUUGGAAGAUGCUUAUCAAAAACUCAACUGUAUCUAACACAAACAUUUGUGCUCAGAAACAGCUUAGACACUUCUUGUACAAUGUACUACGUAUGCAGCUGAUGCUCUCUAGCCUUUCGAUGCUUUCUAAUCCACCUCUAAGUGGUUAUCCUGCUCUCACAAUCAGCAAUGACGACCAGAAGCAUAUAGACGACAUUUUGAAACUAAACAUUGCUGCUAUGAUAAAGAGCAUGCCAGCAGAUGAAGCUGCCGAGAAGGUGCGAGAAAAACUAUCGCAUAGUAUUGGGUUAGUAACUAAGUUUAGAUCGGCUUUUGAGCAACCUGGUUAUAUAGAUCGAUUGAAUAGUAAAUUUGAAAAGACAUACGGCAAUAAUAUGGGUCACUUUACAGCUAAAACUAUCAAGCAGCUAAUCGAUGAUUUGAUGGAAGUUUCAAAAUGGUUUAAGUUUCUACUAGAUAAGACCAAAAAACUACAAGCUCAGCUUAAAUCUCAAUUAACAAAUACCACAACUGCCUCUAGUAUUCAUGAGUGUGUAGAAUAUCUAGCCACUAACCCAUCGUCUGCAUCCUCUCUCAAGUCCAGUUGGAUACCCAAUUCUCCUAUUCUUCACAUACUUAUAAGCAGUCUGUUCUGGGCCCGUCUCGCCCAUUUACUCGAACUGUCUCACUGA